UAGCAUCACAUUUUCAAACAAAACAUUUUGGUUUGGUUGAAAACAAUUGGAGUCUAGCAUAGAAUGGAGUGUUUGCUGUGCUUGAAGACUUGCUCCGACUAUAUAGCAGAAUAUUCUAAGGAGUGGUCGGAAUUCAAAGUAAAAAACUUGGUAGACAAACAUCUAUGGGCCAUACAGGAGAGCACAUCACCGUUGUGUAUUUGUAUGAUUUGUUGGACUGAAUUGGACAGAUUUAAUAAAUUCUACGCAUGCAUCGAACAAGCACACAAUAUUUUAAAGCAGGCCGUAGCUAAACCACCAAGUGACCCUUUGGACCCUUUUCCACAGGAAGUUCUAUUGGAAAGCGAAAUUGACCAAGCAAUUUUAUUUACUGCUGAUAGCAACCAAGGUAACGAGCUUUAUUUAGUCCACGGUGAUAAUCAAGGCCUUUUCGAUGGUAAUUAUGACGAUGAAACUAAUGAAGAAAAUGCAAAAAAUGUAAGUUGUAACAAUGUACCAGCAAAUACUAAUAAUGAAUGUAUGGAUGAGUGCAUGAGUGAUACUUCUCCUGUGAACUUUAUCAUAGAUGCCGCAAAGAGGAAUAAAGCAGAUUAUGACGCCUUCCUUAAGGAACAUUUCAAAAUUACUUGCGAUAAGUGCUACCAGACUUUAGAAACAUUUGCAUUGCUUGCGCAGCAUUACAGCAAAAGCCACAAUGAACGUGGUUAUGUUGUUUGCUGUGAGACAAAAUUUUUCUAUCGUCAUUUUUUAGUAGAUCACAUCAAAUAUCAUUUGAACCCCGAUUACUUUAAGUGCACAUAUUGCGAUAAAUCAUUUUCCACAAGGCGAUGUUUGCAAAUACACAUCCAACUACACGAGGAUAGGAAGCAUGCCUGUGACAAGUGCGAUAAAAAGUACAUAAAAAGAUAUUUGCUCGAAAAACACAAAUUAACACACAUGCCUAAGCCGGAGAAGAAAUUUUCCUGCAACGAAUGUGGUAAACUGUACGUCAGUCAGCAUGCACUUAACUAUCACGAAAAAGCUGUUCACCAAAAUGUAUAUGCGCGAGUAUGUGAAGUUUGUGGCCAGACGUUACCAGAUGCCUUUUCGUACAAACAGCACAUGUUGAGACAUAAUCCCAAACCAGUCAAAUGUGAAGAUUGCGGCUUGUUAGUAACAAGUCAGAUAACUUUAAAGUACCAUAGGGAUUUGAAACAUCCGGUGGGAGGAAGUCGGGAGUACAGUUGCCCAAUUUGCCAAAGAAUAUCACCAAAUAUGAGAGCUCACAAAGCCCAUAUAAAAGAAACACACGAGGCAAAACAAAAAUUCGAAUGCACACUUUGCAAUAAAAAAUUUAAGAGAAGGGAUAAAUUGAAGUGUCAUAUGGCUGUUCACACUGGAAAUCUAUCGUAUAGCUGUUCCUGGUGCCCAAAACAGUUCAUUACAAGCAGCAAUAUGACCCAUCACCGUAAGAAAGUGCAUCCUACUGAAUGGGAGGAGGAACAACGUAAAAAAUAUUCUGGAAAUUUGCCUCCCAGAUUACAAAAAUGUAAUUCAAAUAAGUCUUCAUAGAGCAAUAAGACAUUGUAGCUAAAGGAUUUCUCAAGCUAUAUUUUUGCAAUACCAUCACAUUUUUUCAAAUUAAAUUAAUUUUAACAAAAUAGCACAAAUUAUGUCAACAUUUGGAUGUUGAUUUUUGUGAGGUGAGUUUUAAACUGCUGGCUAUUAUUUUCUUUUAUUUUUUUUUAAUUAUUUGAAAAAAUGUCCACUGCUGCCGUUAAAAUCGAAAAGUUUUCGGAAAGUGAAGGUGAGGUGAAACAGAACACACAUGAAUACUUUUAUAAAAAAUGUUAAAAGUAAAAGUAAAUUGUCAUUAAGAGGCAGCGUCAUUAGCGAGAUACAUUCAUUUACAGGUAGAGGCAGUUGCCCAACAACAAAAUAUUGAGUGCACUAUCUGUCAAAAUCAGUGAUUAGUGCAACUCUGAUUUUGUGUAUGUUACCAGUUCGCGCCAUUUUUUGUUGUUUGUGUGUAUUAUGGUACUUAACUACAACACACACAUACAACCAAAACUCGCUGACAGAUAGAGCAUUUCGCGCGAAAAAAUAUUGCUCAGCUGUUUACGGUAUAGUACCUUGUAAUUGUCAUGGUUAUUAGCACAACAACAAAACUCUACCCCCAAAGAAACUACAAUAUUUUGAGUGGCAAAUGCCGCAAUUUAAAAUGUCAAAGUUGUUUUAGAAAUAAACUUUGUUUUAUAACUUA